AUGCAGCUCUGCCCUCGCGCUGCAGCGCAGGCGCUUCACUCGCCCCCGGAGCUCCAUCAGCGCGAGUACAAGGACAAUGUAGCCUACUUCGAUCAAGACGACGACGUCCCCCAGUAUGCGCUACAUUCCUCCAAACGAUUCGGACCCGACCAAGAGCCACUGUUGGAGUCACAGCUGCCGUCCACCGAAGGCGCCCAGGCAUCCCCCAGCCAGUCCCCCGCAGCCUCCUGCUUUCCUCGCUUCUUGGCAAGGCUCGUCAGCACGACCUUGCCUCGCUCUCGAUCGGCGGGUCAUACGAACAGCGCAUCCACUCGACCACGCAGGGCCUGGCUGCCCGUUCUGCUCAUUGCCAAUCUCGCCAUCACUGUGACCGCAUUCAUCGCCGCCUGCGUCCACUACAACACUUUCUCAGCCCUGUUCCUCUACCUCGCGCUGCUCAUCGUAGCUUUCCCCAUUCUCUCGCUCUCGCUGCUUGCAUCCAACCGUGAUUCGGACAACUACGUCCUUCGGCUCCCCGACUUCUCCCCUUCUCUUGGUCCACACCGCGAUCAGUCGCAAUCAUCGUCCUCGAGCGGCCUCUUCAGCCGAUCAGCCAGUCCUCCGCUGCCAACCGCAGCCAACGUUGCCUCAACAAGACGGCUCAGAUCGUGCCGCCUUGGUCACCUCCAGUCCUUCGCUCGAGCUGCACAGUACGUCAUGGCUGUCCUCUGGUUCCUCGCCAUCGUAGAAUGGGUUUUCUUCCAACCUCUUCGUCCUCAGACCAAUGCACCAACCGGAGAUGAGAUGAUGUCAUGGAUCAAUGCAUCGCCUACGGCCGGUUCCGCACCCGCACAACCGAUAAGAGUCUUCAUUGUUUCCAAUCUGUACAACAGCGAGGAGAUCUUGCCAACGUACACCUCGUCGCUCAAGAGCCUUAUCAACGAGCUCGGUGCCGACAAUGUCUUCGUGUCCAUCUACGAGUCGCACUCGACCGACAACACCAAGCCCAUGCUUGUUGAGCUCGAUCGGGAUCUUGCGCACAUGAACGUCAGCCGUCGCGUCCUCACCGACGACAAGGCGAUUCGUAAGGGCAAGCACUCGCUGGUGUCAGAUCGUGUCGACUUCCUCGCCAAUGUCCGCAACACGGCAAUGCAGCCUCUCGCCGAUACCACUGAGAAGUACACCCACGUGCUCUGGAUUAACGACGUCGUCUUCACGCCCCAAGAUGCACUCAACCUCCUGCGUACCAACAAUGCGCGGUACGACCAGGCGUGUGCAAUGGACUUUAUCGGCAACGGCUUCUACGACACCUGGGUCACGCGAGACGCCGAGGGAGACACGCUCAAGCGACAGUGGCCCUACUUCAAGCGAGUCGAAGACGUACAGGCGAUGCGAGAGGGGCGGCCCUUCGAGGUCAAUUCGUGCUGGAACGGCAUCAGCGCCUUUGACGCAAAGUGGUUCUACCCUGCCAACUCCUCCUCCCUCCCACCAGCCGGCGAGGGCGCAGACGAGGACGGACCGGUCAUACUUCCGCUCCAGUUCCGAGCCUCCUCCACGUGCCUCUCAUCCGAGUGUCAGUUGAUCUCCUACGAUAUCCACCGCGCAGUCUACCCGGCACGCCCCACCAUCCUCAUCAACCCAGCCGUCAAGGUGGCCUACAACACCAAGCACUAUUUCAUGUACAACAAGCUCAUCCCUUCGCCGAUACUGCGACCCUGGAGGAUCAUCUGGCGCGACUGGUUCGCGUACAGACUCUUUGGCUGGGUCACAGAGGGUAUGCGGUGGGCUAACGAGUGCAAGGCCAAGCAACACUACUGGGCUGCGCCCACACCUCUGACUGCCGCUGCUGCAUAG